CCAGUGUGGUCACUGAGACUGGAGAAACUAACAGUUUCCUUGGGUUAUGUUAUUUUAUAUUUCAGAAAGACUUUGGUACAGCAUUGGGCUACAGUAAAAUUAAAAUACAUGAUGCUCCAUAUAUGGAAGCGCCCAUACUUCCAUUGUCUGUUUAAUUUAACAUUACUGGGACCUCAGGAAGUACAAAUUGGUGUCAAGAAGGUACCUGACAUACUUUCGUUUUGCAAACGUUACCUAUUUUUCCCACAUGUUAAUUUUACUUCAUGUUUACAAGCCAUUCUUUCCACUUACAGUAUGCCCUGCAGGGAUGUCUAGUUUAAAAUGUUUUGCGUUAGAAAACAUGUCUUGUUGCCGUGAGCCUUUGAAACAUACCCUUAGCUGUUUUGACUUCUGUCACACUUCCUAUUUUUCCAGUUGUUUCUAAACUGACAGUGGGUUUUCCACAAAGUUUUCUGAAAACACCAAGGCUUCUAAUACUAUAUGUUAAUGGAAACUUAUGUGGAACAUUGGUACAGACCCUUCUGUAAUCUGAUAAUUUACAGUGAAUCAUUUAUAUGGCAAUCACUAGUGACCUUUGCAUUUUUAAUGCCGCCUUCACUUGGAUCCAAAUCAAAACAAACAGUUUGUGUAUAUAUACAUAUAUCCAUGCAUAUGGAUUUCACAUGCAUGUGCCUUUUUAAUACGUACAGAUUAUGUUACACAGACUAGACACCAUUGUUUGCUAUUUUAAAAUGAAUAGCAAGUGAUAGAUGACUCAAACUUUGGUCCACUGUUUCUCGUACUGUAUUACUAAAGGGAUACUGUAUAUAAUUUGCAGCAGUAUAUACUUAAAUGGAGCCCCAGCAGCCACUGACUACUUAUAAUGUGAGGUAAAAACAGGCUUUGGGCAAGCAUGAUUAAACAUGCCUUUACUUAUUUUUUUUUUUUAACUCGUCUAGCAGAAUCUGCAAACAUUGCGAUACUUUUUAAGAAGCAGCAAUAUGAUAUUGUCUUGCAGCUAUAGUGAGCAAUCCCAGGUCUGAAAUGUGUUUAGAAGUUUACAGUAAAUUAGAAUGAGAAUGAGGCAGACAACCCUACAUGUGUACCUACUUGAUUAUCCUGUAUACAUUUUGCACCUAUAUAAAAGUACCCUGUAGAAAUAGUUAAUAUAUAUAUCUAUUAGUACUGUAUGUGGUUGCAGUUUGUCUGUACUGGUGACUGUUCCAAACCUCAGGAAUAUUUCUUCUUCCCUUGUCUGAUUAUAGUGUGCCAGCGGCUUCAGUUUGACUCCUCUUCUGUGUCACUUUAAUAUCUGUUCAGGAGUAAAAAGCAAUCUGAAGCUGACUGUAUUGGGAAUGGAAAAUUACACACGAACAGUGAAAAAUCUGCACAGUUCUGUAGGAACUGAGCAGAAGCCACAUGAACUAGCAGGUGCAAAUACUGCUUCUGGGGCCUGGUUACUUAUUGGUCCUUCUUGUAAGAUUGAACAAAUCUCAAAGCUUGAAAGAAAAUAGAGAGAAAGGAAAACCACACUAUAGGACUAGGUUGGAAGUUUGAACUUUGCACUUUUGGACUUACGAGACCAGUCAUAGGUAUACGUAGUUAAAAAAAAACACACACACACACACACACACUCACACAGAUUUGAUCAGCUCUCUAGUAACACUAAUCAGUGUAUUAAAUAAAACAGUAACUGUUAGUGCUCAUGAGUGAAGAAGAGAUGUUUUGUCUUGUAUUUUUUAUUUUUUUGCUAUCCCUAUCUCUGCAUUUGGGAAGCUACACCCAUGUCACAACAGUACCACUCAGUAUGACCUUAUUGAGAAUCCAGUUACGCCCAGUGACACUGUCCUCUGUGGUACAGUCCAUGUCAUCAUCCAAGGGUUGCUGCUAAUCAGAGAAACAAGUUCAAGUAAUCAGAGGCUUUGUAACUUGUGCACCUCCACAUACUCUCUGCAGGUAAACAAAGAGUUUUAGCAUUAUGAGUCUUUCAUGGCUUUUAGAAACCGACACCAAGUCCUUGCGAUCCGUGAAUGGAUCGCGGAGAAACAGCGGCUCUUCCCUCGUGUCCAGCUCUUCAGCCUCCAGUAAUCUCAGCCAUCUGGAAGAGGACACCUGGAUACUCUGGGGGAGGAUCGUCAACGAGUGGGAAGAUGUGCGCAAAAAGAAAGAUAAGCAACUCAAGGAACUUGUUAGAAAAGGGGUUCCCCAUCACUUCAGAGCGAUAGUCUGGCAGCUCUUGUGCAAUGCACAGAACAUGCCUAUCAAAGAGCAAUAUUCCGAACUGCUAAAGAUGACCUCACCAUGUGAAAAACUUAUCCGAAGGGACAUUGCACGGACAUAUCCAGAGCACGAAUUCUUUAAAGAGAAAGACAGCCUUGGACAAGAGGUUUUAUUUAAUGUAAUGAAGGCUUAUUCUCUUGUUGACCGUGAGGUGGGCUACUGUCAAGGAAGUGCUUUUAUUGUUGGACUGCUGCUUAUGCAGAUGCCAGAAGAGGAAGCAUUCUGCGUGUUUGUUAAGUUAAUGCAGGACUAUCGACUGCGAGAACUCUUCAAACCCACGAUGGCUGAGCUCGGUCUCUGCAUGUACCAGUUCGAAUGGAUGAUACAGGAGCAGCUGCCAGAGCUCCAGGUGCACUUCCAGUCCCAGAGUUUCCAUACCUCCAUGUACGCCUCCUCCUGGUUUUUAACCAUCUUCCUCACCUCCUUUCCACUGCCAGUUGCUACAAGAAUUUUUGAUAUAUUUAUGUACGAGGGUUUAGAGAUUGUGUUUCGAGUAGGAUUAGCUAUUCUUCAAAUGAAUCAAUCAGAAUUAAUGCAACUUGACAUGGAAGGUAUGCUAGAGCACUUUCAGAAGGUCAUCCCACACCAGCUGGACAGUAGUCCAGAUAAGGUGAUCCAGACAGCAUAUCAAGUCAAAUACAAUGCAAAAAAGAUGAAGAAGUUAGAAAAGGAAUACACUACAAUAAAAAGUAAGGAGAUGGAAGAACAAGUAGAAAUCAAGAGGUUGCGCACAGAAAACCGACUUCUAAAGCAGCGCAUCGAUACGUUGGAGAAAGAAAGUGCUUCCUUGGCAGAUAGAUUGAUCCAGGGACAAGUGACAAGGGCACAAGAGGCUGAGGAAAACUACCUCAUAAAACGGGAACUGGGCACCAUCAAACAGCAGAGCGAUGAGGCCAGUGCUAAGCUGGAGCACGCUCAGCGUACCAUCAGGGAGCUUCAGCAGCAGCAAGGGCAUAAAUGCCAUCCACGCUACACAGAAGACUUCGUGCUGCAGCUGGAACAGGAGCUGGUGCAGGCCCGGCUGAAGGAAGCCGAAUCUCAGUGUGCGCUUAAGGAGAUGCAAGACAAGAUCAUCGACGUAGAAAAGAAGAACAAUUCCCUGCCCGAUGACAGUAACGUUGCCAGGCUCCAGGAUGAGCUGAUAGGUGUGAAACUGAGGGAAGCAGAGGCACUGAUGGGAUUGAAAGAACUGCGACAGCAAGUGAGAGACUUGGAAGAACACUGGCAGCGGCAUCUAGCCAGGACUACAGGAAGGUGGAAGGACUCCCCUAGAAAGAACACAGUCGAUGACCUGCAGGAUGAGCUGAUGACGGUUCGGCUUCGAGAGGCUGAGUCACUGGCUGAGCUGAAGGAGACCAAACAAAGGAUGCUGGAGCUGGAAAUGCAGAAUCAGAUCAACAACAACCACCUGCAGAGAGCUGAGAAGGAGACGAGAAGCUUGCAGGAGACGGUGCAGUACCUCACAGCUCAGAACAAGGGCCUGCUUACCCAGCACAAUGAAAUCAAGCGCAAGCAAGCCGAGAUUGACUGCAAGAACAAAGAAGAAGUAAUGGCUGUGAGGCUUAGAGAAGCAGACAGCAUGGCAGUGGUGGCUGAGCUGCAGCAGCACAUUGCUGAGCUAGAGAUUCAGAAAGAAGAAGGGAAAUUUCAAGGGCAGCUUGAUAACUCUGGCUAUAAACAGUAUAUCAGGGAACUGAAGGAUAAGAUAGACGAGCAGAAGGAGGAGAUCCAAUUCCUAAAAAAACAGAGGGGCUUGACAGACCGAACCAUCUCUGAAGGGAUACACAUAGUGAACCACUACAUUGGAGAUGAAGAGUCUUUCCAUUUCUCAGAUGAAGACCCAAUGUCCAAUUCCAUGAGUGAGGAUCCGAUCUGCAGCGCUCCUCUUCCUUUUGUACACUGCCAUAAAACCGCAAAGGUGCUGCUGCAUGCUAGAAUAGAAGACAGUGACAGUGACAGUGACAAUCCGGAUGAGGGUGGAGAUGGGCUCCCUUACCAGCCUGCCCAAACCAGCAGCCAAAACGAAAUCAGUCAAAAGAACAUGGAAUCCUAUUCCACUACUGUUUGAGCUGGGAGGUUUUCAGUUCACCUAUGGGAUUUAAACGUUUGGUCUGCCUUAACUAUCUCUUCUUAUAUUGGAUACAAGCAACCAGUUAGUCAUCCAAAGUAGAUGGAGGCAGGGAUUAUGAUAUAAUUCUACCUGUCUUUUUAUUGUCUGCCUUACUGUUGCCAAAUGUGCAUAUCGUUGCCCUGCAGUAGACUGAAAGUGGUUUGAUGAACAAGAGAAAUGAGACACUAACAGUAUUACAUAAUGUGCUUUUUCUCUUCGUCAUGCUCAUGACAUUAACAUGCCUGGUUGCAAGUCACUGGAAGAGAUACCGUACUAGGGCCAGCUGGAUCAAUGAACUGGGAGACCACCUCAGAUAAAUGUUGUGCAAUAUUUUGUUAUGUUUGACAGAACAAAUUUGACAUGCUUUUAUUUUUUAAACUGUUCUUCUCUCUUUCCAUUUCUUUGAAUACAUUUUGUGAGUGAGUGAUCAGGACCUGGAAGUAUCUGAUGAGCAAGCUGCCAUUUGAAUCCCAAAAUAGUAAAAUAAUGUAUUGAAUUGGAAUUACAAAUGCAUUUUAAGGGACAACUCCAUGUGUAUAAUGCGAGCCAAACUAGGUCACAGCACAGAAAUAUUUCUAUAAAAACUUAAUCUGUUUUUUCAAUAUUAUUAUUAUUAUUAUUAUUAGUCACAGUAAUAUGACAUUCUAAGUGAAAAAUGGAUGUACAAUAGGCUUUUUAAAAUGUCUUAUUUUAUGUGUGUUUUUGAUGUGUUGAUAACAAAUAUGGUCACCUAGUGUUUGUAACGUGUGUGUGUGUGUGUGUGUGUGUGUGAUCUCAUUAUUUCAUCUGUGCAUUGACUUGAAGAUACACCUUUUAUUGAUAUAGCAUGAAUGCUGCUGUUACAGUUCUGCAUCACUUCUAUCAGUCCACAACCUAAAAAAGGGAUAUAAGCAGUUUGUAAAUAAAUACAUAUUCUAACUGACAGUGUUGCAAGAUAUUACUAAAGUAACAGAGAUGGGAAGAUGGCAUCUACUCAUUGUAUGUUAACACAUGCUUGCCAGUUUACACUGGAGAUUUAACACCACAAAAAGAACACUAUCUAUUGAAUUCUUAACUUU